UGGUAUAUUGUCAUCUGUCAAAGUACGCAUAAACGAGACACAUUGUAUUAAUGUUAUUAAUUUUUAAUAAAAUAUUAUAAAAGUUUGUUUUAUUGGUGUACAUCAGCUUAAAAAAUGGAUUUCCAAAAUAGAGCCGGUGGAAAAACCGGCAGCGGUGGAGUUGCUUCUUGGUCAGAAACUAACCGUGACCGCAAAGAACGACGACGACAGCUUGCUUUGGAAACAAUUGAUCUGAAUAAGGAUCCAUAUUUUAUGAAAAAUCAUUUGGGAUCAUAUGAAUGUAAACUUUGUCUAACACUUCACAAUAAUGAGGGCAGUUAUUUGGCUCAUACGCAAGGAAAGAAACAUCAAGAGAAUUUGGCACGGCGUGCAGCAAAAGAAGCUAAGGAGGCGCCGUCCAUGCUUGCACCGGAGAAACCACGAGUUGAACCAAAAAAAUUUGUUAAGAUUGGUCGUCCAGGUUACCGUGUGACCAAGCAACGUGAUCCCACUAAUGGUCAGCAAUCGUUACUUUUCCAAAUUGAUUAUCCUGAAAUCACUGAAGGAAUCAUACCACGUCAUCGAUUCAUGUCCGCCUAUGAACAGAAAAUAGAACCACCAGAUCGUAAAUGGCAAUAUUUGUUAUUUGCUGCUGAGCCAUAUGAAACCAUUGCUUUUAAGGUUCCAUCGCGUGAAGUGGAAAAAACCGAGGGUAAAUUUUGGACACAUUGGAAUCGCGAUACAAAGCAAUUUUUCCUCCAAUUCUCCUUCAAAUUCGAACCCAAAAUUAUACCACCUCCUCCACCGCAAUUGCAUCGUGGUCUUGGCCCUGCCGCUGGUUUCCCAAUGCCGGGACCGCCGCGUCCUCAUCAUAUGUUCAAUGGGGUACCACCACCACCUCCAAUGGGCGUAUUACCUGUACCACCACCACCCAUGUGAGACGAGGACACAACUCCCGUCAGUAGUGGAAACGGUUAACUGCUACGGAAGUUGUAAACCAUUCAUUUGAGUCACGCUACGUUAAAUUAAAAUGUAUAAAAGAAACGCCAGCAUUUUCAAUAAAAAAGAACAAAAUACAA